AUCCCUCUCCUCUCUUCCAAAAACGUCAUCUCAAUACACAGAAACAUAUACUUUUUCAUAUAAUCCUGUUUCAGUUUUCCAUUCUUCUUCUUCUUCUCUUCCAUUUUCAUGGAGUUUCAGAGACCUCAGUACUGUCUCUGUUUCGUCCUGUUCAGUCUUCUCUCUUAUUGUUCUCAGGCGUAUGUGUUCUACCCUGGUGGACGAGAUGGAUGGGUCGUGAACCCUUCUGAGGAUUACAAUCACUGGGCUGAAAGAAACAGGUUUCAGGUCAAUGACACUAUGGUUUUUAAGUACAAGAAGGGGUCGAAUUCAGUUCUGGUGGUGAACAAGGAGGGUUAUUAUAAAUGCGACAAGACCAACCCCAUCAAGAAAUUUGAAGAUGGUGAUUCAGUGUUUAAGUUUGAUCAAUCGGGACCUUUUUACUUUAUUAGUGGGACGGAUUCUUAUUGUGAGAAGGGUCAGAAAUUGAUCGUUGUGGUUUUGGCCAUCAGACCUCCUCCUCCUCCCUCCUCUGUUUGGCCACCCCCUGGUUCUAAACCUCCGGCAGUUUCUCCACAUCCAUCAUACCCAGCACCGAUGAUCCCUCCCACAUCGCCUCCAACUCCAGCGGUUUCACCAUAUCCAUCACCCAAGAUAUCUCCGUCAUCGCCAGCUCCAGCGGUUUCACCGUAUCCAUCACCGAACAUAUCUCCGUCAUCGCCAUCUCCGGCGAUCACCCCUCCGGCUGUUUCCCCAGCACCUGCCAACGUGCCUUCGUACCCAACACCGGGGUCUGCUCCGGCUCCGGCAAGUACAUCACCCCCACCGCCCCCCGCCAAUACUCCAGCAAAUUCUCCGACGUCACCACCAUCACCCGCGCCAUCGACUCCAGGGUCGUCACCUCCCGCACCUCCGGCGAACACUCCCGCAUCUGGUCCGGGGUCACCGGCAACACCUUCGGCGAGCCCGCCAGGAUCUGCAAACCCAUCGUCAUCGAAUGAAACAUCGCCGCCGCCACCGAAUGGAUCAGGUGCAUGGGACGUAGCUCCAUCAAGCUUAUUGGUGUAUGCGGGGACCAUUGUGCUGAGUUGUGCUCUGAGUGAAAUUUUGGGUGGACAGUAGAAGAAAUUAUUAUUACUAUUACUAUUUAUAAUCUAAAAUUAAUUAUUUGAGAGCUGCCCCGCACAUAUUUUUAGUUUAUUUUAUUUUGGUGCUGGGCGAUUAUUAUCAUGCGUUGGAUAUAUAUUGUGACCUUUUUCAGUAAAGGGCGUUAUUUUCUCUGUUGUCAGUUGGCACUUUACUGUUAAAGUGCUAGUGGUGUAUUUUGUGUAGAAAUAUAUUAAACCUCGGAAUUGGGUCAUCAUUUUUUCCCCCUGUUA